GUAAAGUAAACGUAAACUAUCUCAAUGCCGUUGAUAUUGAUGUCCGGUUUUCCGUGCUCCGGCAAGACGAGAUGUGCCAUCGGACUGAAAAAAUAUUUCGAGGAGAAUAAGAACGUCCCCACGAAAGUUAUUUCGGAUCAUAAUUUUGAAGAUUUGAACAGAAAUGACUUGUACUCAAAUUCUUCAAAAGAGAAAGAGAUUAGAAGUUUACUCAAAUCAGAAGUGCAAAGAUCCAUUGAUAAAAGUUCUGUGAUUAUUCUAGAUUCUCCUAAUUAUAUAAAAGGUUUUAGGUAUGAGCUCUAUUGUGUUAGUAAGUCAGCCCAGACAACACAAUGCACAAUUCUAUGUAGUGUUAGCAAUGAAAAGUCCAUUGAGAUAAAUAGCACUAGACAGCCCGAUGAACAAUACACUAAUGAUGUAUUAAACGAACUCAUCAUGAGGUUUGAGACACCAGAUCCUAAAAAUCGAUGGGAUUCCCCGAUGUUUGUGAUCAAUUUUAACGACGAAAUUCCAUUCGAGGAUAUCUACACAUCCCUAUUUUUGAAAAAGGCCCCAGCUCCUCAUCUUUCCACAUUGCCUACGCCCAUUUUGGCUACGAAUUUGUUACACGAAAUAGACAAAUGCACACAGAGGGUUGUUCAAGAAAUUAUGGAAGGUCAAAAAUUCUGUAUGCAGGGUGAUAAAAUAAAAAUAAACUCAUCUGAUGAGAAAAUAACAUAUUUGAAAACUUUCACACUGGCCGAGUUGCAGAAUUCGAAGAGGCAGUUCAUAAGUUUCGCCAAGACUCGAAACAUCGAGGACAUUAGUUCAAUUCCGAGCUCAUUCGUUCAGUUUAUAAAUAGUCGAGUU